CAUUUAGAGAAGGUGGUGGUUUCGUCGUAGUUAGAUUCGAUGGCGAGCUCUGUGCAACGCUUCUCGAGCCACGCGCGUGCUCUCCGGGCCACACUAGCGCCAUGGACCAGACCAUUCUCCGCCGACGCGUUGGUGGAGGUCUAUCCCGGAGAGAUCGGCAUAGUCUCGGGAAUCCCAGAUGAACACCUUCGCCGUAGGGUUGUCAUUUACUCGCCGGCUAGAACUGCGACUCAACAAGGAUCUGGAAAAGUUGGAAAGUGGAAGAUCAAUUUUAUGUCAACACAGAAGUGGGAAAAUCCAUUGAUGGGAUGGACAUCCACUGGGGACCCAUAUGCUAAUGUUGGUGAUGCUGGACUUGGUUUUGACAGUGAAGAAGCUGCAAAGUCAUUUGCAGAAAGGCAUGGUUGGGAUUAUGUGGUUAAGAAACACCAAACACCAUUAUUGAAGGUGAGGGCAUAUGCUGACAACUUCAGGUGGAAGGGCCCCCCAAAAACUGAAGAUUGAUAUAUGUCACCGAUGUUUUUUCUUGGUUCUAUCAUAAAGGCAAUGAGCCUUGAAGUUUUCUUUUUAGCACAUUCUUCCUUGAAAAGUCAUUUGCCCAAAAUGAGUUCCUUUAUCUUAAUAAAUGAGAGUUAUGAUGUGUA